AUGACAACCAAAUAUAUGUUUACUUUAUCUUCCAUUUCAACGAUUGUCAAACAACAACAACUACGAUUAUUAUCAACAUCAGCAAGUAGAAUAGGUGCUAUCAAUCCUUCUUAUGUAUCUCUCCCUUCUCAAUCAUCUCAUUUAUUCAAAUCAUCAUUUUCAUCACAACAACCAGUCCAACAUGAUGCCCAACCAUUAUCAUCAUUAUUUAAAUCAAACUCUAUCUUUCAAAGUGUCAAUCAACUUGUGAAAUCAUCAUCAUCAUCAUCAUCACCAUCACCAUUUUCACAUAGAUUCAUCUCUUCUAGAGUAAAAGAACAAAAUGAAGGUAAAGAAGAUGUAGAAGAUGAAGAUGAAGAUGAAGAAGAAGACGAAUACGAUGAAAAUAUGGUUCCAAGUGGUGUAGAAGUACUAUCAAUCACUCCUUGUCAUUGGGAAAGUGGUAGCUAUGUUGUUUUCAGGUUCCCAAAACAUCUUUUACUUGAAGACAUUAUUGAAACUGUCAAGACCAAUGGUAAACAAUUCAAUCUGUCUUGUCAUUGCUCCAUUGUCAAGGGUAGAAUAGAAAAGACUCAAAUCUUGUAUGGCAAAAGUGUGUAUGUCAAUGCUUCUGGUGAUAAUAUCUCGGAAAGAAAUGUUCAUGUUAAAUUUAAUUUGGAAAUGGAUGCAACGAGAGCAAGAAAAUGUUUAAAUCAUAGUACUACACGAGAUGUUGGUGACAUAAUUUUGUUGAACAUUUCUUCAAAACCCCCAAAGUUGAUGAUGGUAAGAUUAAGAUUAACACUUCAUCAAUCCAGAAGAUUAACUUUUGGUACUACUACUACUUCCAGCUUCGAUCUAAUUCGAACAAAUAGAUAA